AUGUCCAAGGAGUAUUCCCCUUCAGAACUGAUAGAAAUGAUCACCAUCCUUGUUCUUUUAUUUCAAUUUUCGGCCUACAACCUUACAUGGGAAUGUAUCAUCGAAAGCUGUGGACGGAGAUGUUGGCUUUGGACAUCCAUGGAACCUUUGACUAUGAAGAUGAUGUGGUCAAAAACCGGUGAAAGUCUCAAAACAACCAUUCUCUCGCGUGAAUCAGGGGAUUUAGCCAAAGAGCUCUAUCGAAGAUUCCAACAUUCGUUGCCGCCGAACCGACUGGAAACCGUUUUUAACAUCACGAAGAGCGCCGUUGGAGUCAUUGUCAACAAGCGUGUACGAGGACGAAUCAUCCCCAAGUGCAUCAACAUCCGAGUGGAACAUGUCAAGCCCUCCACCUGCAGACAAGACUUCUUGAACCGCGUAAAGGCUAACGAUGAGAAGAAAAAAGCACCUAAAGCAGCCGUACUCGCCGAUUUCGUGAACGGAAACAUUUUUGGACCCUCACCCCGCCCCCCACCCUUCCUAGCUGCCGAUGCAAAUCAUUGA